AUGCCUACACUGCGUAAUCGCAAAGCUGUACCUUCUGCCGUUGAACAUUCAGCGUCAGCCGUGAAAAGUACUAGAGACGCGACGAAGCGGUCGCGAACUAUGGACUCCAAUGUUGACGACGACGGUGAAGAGAGCCCACCGAAGAAGAAGAAGAGAAAGGUGCCCAAGAAGUCGGUAGCGAAGGCAAAAACUGUGGAGAACUCUCUGGGUGGCCUCCCAGUAGAGAUAUGGGCAUUUGAGAUCUGCACAGAUUUAGAACCAAAGGAUUUAUGGCACUUAUCUUGCACUUCGAAGCAUUUUCGACGUAUUCUGAAGAGCUCAGACUUAGCGCCGACUCUAUGGAAAGCCUCGAGGGCAUUAAUCGGAAUGCCAGAUUGUCCAUCUGAUUUGACAGAUAUCCAGUAUACGAAUUUAGCAUUUGGUGAGAGUUGUCAGUACUGUCGAAAGUUCAUUGGCGAAGACAACAGACGACCACUCACCCUUUUCGCGGCAAGAAUUCGAGCUUGCGUGCCAUGUAUAAGAUCUAGAUUCGUAAUGGUUGAGGGCCCCGGUCAGGUCUCAAUGGAUCCGCGGGUACAGAAGAAAUGCCCGAAGAUACUGGUCCCGUACCUGCCCAGCGUUCUCUUGUCUUACAGAAACUAUGAGAAAAAAAUGUACUAUUCAGUUGCAACAGGGGAAACUUGGACGAGAGAAUGUGCCGCGGCGGAAAAUCAGGCGAAAUGGAUGAAGGAAAAAAUUGAAGAAUUGAAAUAUAUAGAAGAGCAUAGCGCCACAUACAAAGAUUGGGACGCCAAACAAAGGCAUAAUAAUUUGUUUCGUCGUCGCCUGGCAAGGGUCAUCGCCCAAAUCAAAUCGCUAGGAUGGACAUCCGAGCUCUCUAAGAUGAGCAGAGAAAAUUACCAAAAUUUUCUCAAAUCACCCCGAAUUGUUGAUGCAUGCAAAAAUAACUCAAUGACUGAUACUAUGCUAAAUGACAUGGGGGCGUUUAUCAAUACAUCGAUGACCCAGUAUCGCACGCUAAGACUGUGCGCCAAUCGCAAGGCUUUACUGGGAAACCGACUGCCAAUAUUAUCCGAGGUUACCAAAGAAUGUGCGGCGCGAUAUUCACUGGACACUCCGACUCCUUCUGCAGCUGAAUUGUUGAAGGUACAGCUGGUGCGAGACCUAAUAGACGACACAUCAUUGGAACCUUUCACUUCGGCGCACCUCGAUCCCCUGCGCCUCAACUACGCAGAAAUCUCCCUGGAUUGGCGGACUCGCACGGAAGGGAAGCUUGUCAGCAUGAUCAAAUCGGCUUGUGGCACCGAGUAUAAGUUUGACGAAAGCAGCGUGCUUCGACUGGCGACAACCAUUUUCUCAUGCACAAAGUGCAAAGACAGCCACAGUGUAACCAAAGAUAAUUUCUGGUAUCCCCAAGUCCUGGCUCAUUACCAUUCUAUUCCAUUUGAUCAAAAUCGUCGCGCCGAAGAGGAUCUUGUCGAAUUGGAACGUCGAUCACUUGAGAUUCGUACUGGGAGCACGUUUUGGAACGACGACAACGAUAUAUUUUUUAACAAAGAUUAUAUGCAAGCCAUGGCUGACAUUCUCGAGCAUUUUGGAUUUGAUCCGGCGGUGACUACCUCUGAGGAAAUGGACGCAGCUGAUCCAAUAUUCGAAUGCGUAUUUUGCAACUGCUCGCACAGAGGACGUUACGUUUUAAGGUGGAACAUGUUGGCACGACAUCAAUGGGGACACAAGCGCCACUUUAGGACUGGUAAAAUUCCGCUCACAUAUGAACUGCUGAGUGGGAACGACGAGAUCGCAGCGAAGAGGCGCUUAGACGAGGACAAUGGUCGCAGACAAGCAAACACUCUCGAUUCUAUGGUUUGCUCGCAUUGUAGAAAAAUAGGGAGCAGUACCAUGAUUGCCGAACACGCCUGGCAGGAGCAUGGCAUUGCCGAGCUCGCCGAUUCUGACAUGUUGCCUUCUCCCGCAGCAAAGACAAUCAACCACAGUAGAAUGUGGCCACCUCAAAAAAUUAAUUAUGCCGUAUCACGUUGGGCUCCAACAGUUUAG